AUGAGGGUUCAGUGGUUAAACAAAGAGAAAGGUAAAAGGGGAAUUGACAUCUUCAUUCCAUUCAAGGCGGAGCAAACAUGUGGCCUACAGAAAAUGGAGUUAUGGGAUGAAGAGGAGGAAAAGAGAUUGGUUGGUGAGUUUGCGAAACGACAGCGAUUGCCACACGUCACUGGCCUACACGGCGCCACGUUCCCAUCUGAAUUCUCACGGGAUAAACGACAAGACACAGAAAAAAGAUGGUAUGGAAGAUAUUUACGGAACAAUGAUAGAACUGAACAGAAGAGAAUAGAUAUUCUUGCUUCUCCUCGGUUCACUACUAGAACCAAUUAA